UAUUCUGAGGGGAAAGAGACAGAGGGAAGGCUUGGAACUACGACUCCCAGCGUGCCUUGCGAAAUUCUGGUGAAGCACAAGAUGGCGGCGGGCAUGGACCAGGAGGAAGCGGACACUGGGACUGUGAAAGCCUUUAAAGAGCUGGGAGUAACAGAUGUGCUGUGUGAAGCCUGUGAUCAGUUGGGAUGGAAGACACCAACAAAGAUCCAAGUGGAGGCUGUUCCACUUGCACUCCAAGGCCGGGACAUCAUUGGCUUAGCAGAGACAGGAUCUGGAAAAACAGGGGCAUUUGCUUUGCCAAUCCUUCAGGCACUCUUAGAGACUCCUCAGCGCUUCUUUGCUUUGGUACUAACACCCACCCGGGAGUUAGCCUUCCAAAUCUCAGAGCAGUUUGAGGCUCUUGGAUCUUCCAUUGGUGUUCAGACUGCUGUAAUCGUUGGAGGAAUUGACAUGAUGGCUCAGUCUCUGGCCUUAGCUAAGAAGCCACAUGUAAUCAUUGCUACUCCUGGUCGUCUUAUUGACCACCUUGAGAACACAAAGGGUUUUAAUUUGAGAGCUCUGAAGUACCUGGUGAUGGAUGAAGCUGACCGGAUUCUCAAUAUGGACUUUGAAACAGAGGUAGACAAGAUACUGAAAGUGAUUCCCAGAGACAGGAAGACAUUUCUCUUUUCUGCUACAAUGACUAAAAAGGUGCAAAAACUCCAGCGGGCUGCUCUCAAGGACCCUGUUAAAUGUGCAGUUUCAUCUAAAUACCAGACAGUUGAAAAGCUUCAGCAGUACUAUAUUUUUAUCCCUUCCAAGUUCAAGGACAGUUAUCUUGUCUAUAUCCUUAAUGAACUUGCUGGGAACUCUUUCAUGAUAUUCUGCAGCACAUGCAACAAUACUCAGCGGACGGCUCUACUGCUUCGCAAUCUGGGCUUCACGGCCAUCCCUCUCCAUGGACAGAUGAGCCAGAAUAAGCGAUUAGGGUCACUGAAUAAGUUCAAAGCCAAAGCACGGUCCAUUCUCUUGGCAACAGAUGUUGCUAGCAGAGGCCUAGACAUUCCCCAUGUGGAUGUUGUGAUAAACUUUGACAUUCCUACCCAUUCCAAGGAUUACAUUCAUCGGGUGGGACGAACAGCUCGGGCUGGACGCUCUGGCAAAUCAAUCACUUUUGUCACACAGUAUGAUGUUGAACUCUUCCAGCGUAUUGAGCACCUGAUUGGCAAGAAGCUGCCUGCUUUUCCCACACAAGAGGAAGAAGUCAUGAUGCUGACAGAGCGUGUGGCUGAAGCACAGAGAUUUGCUCGCAUGGAGUUACAGCAAAAGGGGGAGAAGAAGAAGCGUUCCCGAGAAGAGGCUAAUGAACCUGAUGAUGCAGAAGGAGCAAUGGGUGUCAGGAACAAAGUUGCUGGUGGGAAAAAGAAGAAAAGGAAACCUUGAGAAAUGAAUUACACCAGACUUUAUCUGCCUAUGUUAUUUAAGUGACUGAGAUUCUGGGAGUCAUCAGUUCAUCGCCAAUAUCAGAUUGACCUUUUAGUACUUGCUCAAAGAAGAUGUUUCUUGCCCCAGCAGCACCUUUACAAAUGCAACAGUCCAGUCUCCUAAGUGUGAACUAGAAAGCAAUUUUAUUGCUAUUCCAACAUUCUGUGCUAAUCCUGCAAAUUCCUUACUUCUACAGCAUGCAGUUUUGCUGCCUACCAGAAGGUAGCAGGGAAGAGCAAAUUUCAUAUCUUUUGCAGUGGAAUUCAAGAAAUGAUAGAACGUUUUCAACCUACUUCCACUACUUGAUGAAGAGAGAAUUCUGCAAACCUUAAUUCUUGCAAAACGAGAACUGGCAAAAAUAAAAGCAGCACAUGAUGCUAAUUCAAAGAUAACAUUAGUAAGGAACUUGAUAGUGGCUUCAUUGACUUUUUAAAAAGGGGGGUACUUCUUAACUAGGAGGCAAAAAAUUUAAAAAGUUUAUACUAAA